UUACAGAUUAAUCUACAUCUGGAAAUAUGCUCAGUCAAAUCAUACCAUUUAGGCUGACUUUUGUGUUGAUACUGUAUACGAGGUUUCUAUUAGAGAGUCAUGCUGUUUCAACCAUCUGCAAAACAUGUAGUUGCAAUGGAUUUCCAAUGAGAGUAAAUUGUCAAAAUCGAGGACUGAUUUCAGUCCCCCAAAUGAUUCCCCUAAAUGUCAUAUCUUUUGACCUGAGACACAAUGACAACAUGGCCUGUGGAUGCCAUCUGCCAGCUUUUGUUGAUUAUAAGAAGCAAGAAUAUAGCAGAUAUAUGAAUGUUUAUGGCUCUUGCUUAAAUGACCAAAACAGAUUAACAGAUAUAUUGCAAUAUUCGCAAUGUGAAAACUACAAACUUUUUCAAUAGAAUUUGCAAUGUCAAAUGUGUUCAACAAACAAGUGCACUGAUUCUGAUGUGACAAGUUGUCCAGGU